ACUGUAUUCCUCGGCGUUUGGUUUUCAAGCUACUAAGCCAUGCCUAAAGUAGUUUCGCGUUCGGUCGUAUGUUCUGACACCCGCGACCGGGAGGAGUAUGACGACGGCGAGAAGCCCCUUCACGUCUACUACUGCUUGUGCGGCCAGAUGGUGCUGGUGCUGGACUGUCAGUUGGAGAAAUUGCCCAUGAGGCCCCGGGACCGGUCCCGUGUGAUUGAUGCUGCCAAACAUGCUCACAAGUUUUGUAACACUGAAGAUGAGGAGACUAUUUAUCUUCGGAGAGCUGAAGGCAUUGAACGGCAGUACAGGAAGAAGUGUGCGAAGUGUGGAUUGCCACUCUUCUACCAGUCCCAGCCAAAGAAUGCUCCUGUGACUUUCAUCGUUGAUGGAGCAGUGGUCAAGUUUGGCCAGGGUUUUGGGAAAACAAAUAUAUACACCCAGAAACAAGAGCCUCCUAAGAAGGUGAUGAUGACCAAACGAACAAAAGACAUGGGCAAGUUCAGCUCUGUCACUGUGUCUACCAUUGAUGAAGAAGAAGAAGAGAUUGAGGCGAGGGAAGUUGCUGACUCGUAUGCACAGAAUGCCAAAGUGAUUGAAAAACAGCUAGAACGCAAAGGGAUGAGUAAGAGGCGGCUGCAAGAGCUGGCUGAAUUGGAAGCCAAAAAGGCGAAAAUGAAGGGGACAUUGAUUGACAACCAGUUCAAAUAAUGAGGCCUUUACCCUGAGGCCAGAGUGUAGGCAAGCGUUUGUAUUUGAGAAAGUUAACUUCUUAGUUACAUGGAUUGUUUCCUUUAUGCUGUGAUUCUCCAACAUUCUUUCAGGUCUAUAAAGGGGCCCAUUUGAUCCACUUUGUCGAUUUGUUUAAUAUUUGGCCAGGUGUGUAAGAAACUAUGACUAGAUGAAUGCCUGCAUGUCCCUAGGUUAUAAAGUGUCUGUUUUUAUACUUCAAGAAUAAUAAAAUGUUAGACAUUGCCAAAAAUAAAAUAAAAUUAUUAAAUAAAAAAGGAAAAAAUAAUAAAAUGUUUAAAGAUUUUU